GACCUCCGUCUGUGACGAGACGGUCAGUUUAAAUAAGUUGCGGUCCGUAAAGUGGUUACUUUAACGCGCGAGGUGUGAUGGACAUGCUCAGUCGCUCCGUAAGCGGGGAGUGACGUCACGGGCGCCAUAUUGAAGUGCUGCUGCUGCUGAUUUUUUGUUUCGGUCGCAGUGCCAGCUUUCUGUUUCCUGUUGGAUUACGGAGGGGAGAGAAAAUACAACAAUUAUGGAGAUCGACACACUUCUGGAGGCUUUCAAAGAUUUUGAAAGGAAAGGGAAGAAAGAAGCGUGUCCGGUCCUAGACCAGUUUCUAUGCCAUGUCGCCAAAACCGGAGAGACGGUGCUCCAGUGGUCACAGUUUAAAAGCUACUUCCUCUUCAAGCUGGAAAAGGUUAUGGAUGACUUCCGGGCCUCAAGCCCAGAGCAGCGUGGCCCGGCCAAUCCCAACGUGGAGUACAUUCCUUUCGAAGAGAUGAAAGAGAGGAUACUAAAGAUUGUGGAUGGGUACAAUGGAAUCCCCUUUACCAUUCAACGCCUGUGCGAGUUACUCACUGAACCGAAGAGGAACUACACAGGCACAGACAAAUUCCUAAGAGGAGUCGAGAAGAAUGUAAUGGUGGUCAGCUGUGUCUAUCCCACCACAGAGAAAAACGGGUCCAGCAGCGUCAGCAGGAUGAAUGGGGUCAUGUUCCCAGGGAAUGCAUCUGCAUAUACAGACAGAAACAUAAACGGACCUGGCACCCCCAGGCCGCUGGCCCGGCCCAAGCUCUCGCUGUGCAGCUCGCCAGCCACCAACGGCCUCCCUGACAGCACGGAGAGCAAGGAGCCGACCGCACUGCAGGGAGAGAAGACCAUCAGCGCUUCUUCAAUAUCAGAAGCAGAGGGUUCUUUGGGGAGUCCAGUGAAAAACAAGCACAUAGAGGAUGACGGCUCCGUGGAGGCUGAGCAGCAUGAGGUCAAAAGGCUGAAGUUCGACAAAGAUGAGGCGGAAGAGAACGAGAAUGAAGACGAUGUUAAUGAGGAGCCAGUGGCCAGGGAGUCCGGUAGCCUGCCAGUUGCGGAGAGCUCCUGCGAGCAUCCGGAGUCGUCCUCGGAUGUCUGCGGCGAGGACGUGGACAGCAGAGCUGCAGACAUGCUGGUGUCUGAGGAUCAAGAGCCAUCGAGCACGCAAACAGAAUCACUGUCGGGGGACACUGGUGAAGACCAGGCAGAAAGCGAGGCGUUGCCAGGCUCUUCCCAGACCUCUGAGGAUGGAAGUGAAAUGGACCAAUCGGAGCAGGUGGCUCAGUCUGCGAAGUCUGCUGUUCCUGAUGUCCGGGAAGGGGGACACAACAGUGACCCAGUCAGCAGUAGCAGCAACGAAGAAGGCCUGGCUAGCGACGAGCCCCUUUCUACCUCCCCCAGCAGUACAGCAGAGCUGCCAACAGAGGGCGCUCUGGAGAACAGUGGAUCCUGGAGACCAAAGGCCUCAGAGACUGUGGAUGAGCCGAUGGAGCAGGACUAACCCAUAAGCGCUCCCACCCCUAUUCCCAAGAGCUACACACCUCUGAUUUUUACACUGUAUCAUACAACAACAAUAAAAUCUUAAGAAAUUAAGCAGACCUUUCAUUUCCAGGAGAGGAUGGCCCUUUGUGGGCCCCCAGUGAAAGUUCCCAGGGCCUUGAGCUGUAUACCUUGUACACCCCCCCUCCCAUAGCCAUGCAUAAAUGUGUACAGGUUUUUAUUUCAGAUUUCAUGUUUUUAAACUGGAAGAUUGUCUGCCCCCAUUGUUUUUGCAAGUUUUUUAUGUUCAUGUAAAACACCCCCCCCCACUGGCCUUUUAUUAUAAUUUUUUUAUUUUGUGGAUCCUUUUUUGUAGAGCUUCUUUGAAGGUGCCCACUUCCUUUUUUUGGUUGCUUGCUGUGGCUUUGGUGUGAGCAGGAGCCCUCCGAGCCCCCCCACCCCCUUCCCGUCCCAUGCCAAUGGUUUGAGUGAUGCACAUAGCCUCGGGCAUUUUUUUGUGCACCACCUCCUGGCGGGCGGUAAAUACACAUUCCAGGCCCCCGGCCCCCACCCCUCUACCCCCCUCCGGCGCCUUGAGGUCCCAGCAGCACAUGUCGGGAGGCAAGAGCUCUGCUAGCAAGCCGGCCUGAAACUCCCGCUCACACGGACCCCCUCUCCUCAUCCCCUUUCUUUUGUGUCAUUGCUAAUAUGCGCUGUUCACUGCAUUGAAACAGUAAUCUAACUGACUACCAUUAGCUCGUUAAAAGUUAAACUGCGCAGUGGGUGAUUUCCGGAUGCAUCGAACCACAGUAAUUUAUAUAAAAGAUUUUCAACUGAAUAACCUAUUUUUUGAGCAUAAUUUGGCAGCCAGUUCAAGUGUUAAAACCAGCUUGCAUUUUUUUUACCCAACCCUUCCAUCUCCAUUCUUGAAGAACUACUGGCUGCCAAACUUGUACCUGUUUCUGCAACUGUACUUUUGAUAUUUAGAAUUUUUGAAUUUCUGUAAAGUAGAUUUUGUAGAUUGUAAUAAGUGUUCACUGCCUUUGUGAAACAGUAUAUAAUUUCUCUGUUAACUGAAUGCUUGGGCUUUCAAUACGGUAUUCAUAGAAAGCAAUAAAUGUUCAUGUUUUAA